UUUUCUUAAUUUUCUGGUCAGCCGUAGCAACCAGCGAUUAGGCCUGCAAUCUGACCAAAUCAUUGGGCCGUUCCCAAUUUAUUGCCUUUCCACCGCCACGUGUCAGCUUUCCCAAAUUUGACCGGCUAUUCGGCGGUUGAAACCGGAAAAGUAAUACUAGUCUAACAGUAGCAAUAGCAGAGAGCGACAGAGAGGGUGAGGCUAAGACAGAGCACUGUCUGAGUGAAACAUCCAUUCUUUUCCUCCACCUCGUGAUUCCCAAACAUUCUCUUCUUAUUCCCAGCUCCACGCGCUCGUUUCUAUAUUCUCAUUACUCGCGCUCUUCUUCUUCUUCUUCUCCCUCCAUUAGGGUUUUCUUAAUGCUGAAUGUGGCUUCCCUCGCCGCACAUUGACCCUUGACACACCACAAUGUCCGGCCCUCUCGACCGUUUCGCAAGACCCUGUUUUGAAGGUUUCUCCGGGAGUGAUGAGAAGAAAGAAAGGAGAUCUGAUUUUGAGAACUCCGAAGAUGAAAGAAGAACGAGAAUUGGAUCUCUGAAGAAGAAAGCGCUUAACGCGUCCUCCAAGUUCAAGCAUUCGCUCAAGAAAAAGAGCAGCAGAAGAAAAAGCGAUGGCCGUGUUAGCUCUGUUUCGAUCGAAGAUGUUCGGAACUUCGAGGAGCAGCAGGCCGUUGAUGCAUUUCGCCAAGCCUUGAUCAUGGAAGAAUUGCUUCCUGAAAAACACGAUGAUUACCACGUCAUGUUAAGGUUCCUGAAAGCAAGGAAGUUUGAUAUUGAAAGAGCAAAGCAUAUGUGGGCUGAUAUGCUACAAUGGAGGAAGGAGUUUGGUACUGACACUAUUAUGGAGGAUUUUGAGUUCAAAGAAGUAGAUGAAGUUGUGAAGUAUUAUCCACAUGGCCAUCAUGGUGUUGAUAAGGAGGGAAGGCCUGUUUACAUUGAGAGACUUGGGAAAGUGGAUCCGAACAAACUUAUGCAGGUUACGACCAUGGAUAGAUAUGUAAAAUACCAUGUGCAGGAGUUUGAGAAAGCUUUUAAGAUAAAGUUUCCUGCUUGCACAAUUGCCGCCAAAAGACACAUUGAUUCAAGCACCACGAUACUAGAUGUUCAAGGCGUGGGCCUCAAGAACUUUACAAAGUCUGCUCGGGAUCUCAUUAUGCGGUUACAAAAGAUUGAUGGUGACAAUUACCCUGAGACUCUCUGCCAAAUGUUUAUCAUAAAUGCUGGCCCUGGAUUUAGGUUGCUAUGGAACACUGUCAAGUCUUUCCUUGAUCCCAAGACAACUUCAAAGAUUCAUGUUCUCGGAAACAAGUACCAAAGCAAAUUGUUUGAAAUAAUUGAUGCCAGUGAGUUGCCAGAAUUUCUGGGAGGUACCUGUACCUGUGCAGAUCAGGGUGGUUGCCUCAGAUCUGAUAAAGGACCCUGGAAAAACCCUGAAAUUUUGAAGAUGAUUCUCAGUGGUGAAGCACGGCGAGCAAGGCCAGUAGUAAAAGUUCUAAACAGUGAAGGGAAGGUUAUUGCCUAUGCCAGACCACAAUAUCCAAUGGUAAAAGGCAGUGACACAUCCACAGCUGAAUCAGGGUCAGAAGCUGAAGAUAUAGCUUCUCCAAAAGUGACGAAGAGCUACUCACACCUGAGGUUGACACCUGUUCGGGAGGAAGCUAAGGUAGUUGGAAAGUUGAGCUCUGCUGGUGGUGGUAACUUAGCUGGGUAUGAUGAAUAUGUACCAAUGGUGGACAAAGCUGUUGAUGCUGCCUGGAAGAACCAAGCAUCACUCCAGAGGUCUCAAACUUCAAAAGGAAAACCUCCCCUCCCUGACACUCCUAACCCCCCUGAAGGGAUUCGAGCUCGGAUUGUGGUAGCUCUAACUGUCUUCUUUAUGACGCUGUUUACUCUCUUCCAUUCAUUCGCAUGCCGUGUGACCAAGAAACUUCCUGCCGUAUCAUCUAAUGAUGAUCAGGGCACUUCAGAGCCUACUCUUGAUAUAACAAAAAUAAACAAUGAUGACUAUCGUCCUCCUUCACCAACUCCAGCAUAUGCAGAGGCAAAUCUCCUUUCCUCAAUGAUGAAAAGGUUAGGUGAGCUUGAAGUGAAGGUUGACACACUCCAAUCUAAGCCAUCUGAGAUGCCUUAUGAGAAAGAAGAAUUGCUAAAUGCUGCUGUAUGUCGGGUGGAUGCUUUGGAAGCAGAGUUAAUUGCAACUAAAAAGGCUCUUUAUGAAGCACUAAUGAGGCAAGAAGAGCUGCUUGCUUACAUUGAUAGUCAAGAAGAAGCUAGGUUACGGAAGAAGUUUUGCUGGUGAGUUUUGGUUGCUGACAGAAAGAGACUCUGGGAGAGGGUGUUUUCAAAUCAUGGAGUUUCUAGUGCUGACCUUGCUCAUGAUGUUAAACUCUGAAUACUGAUACAGUUUAAUGAGUAAACUCGACAAAUGUUUCAAACUUGUGUAUAGCUAAUGGUGGUCUCUUUGCCGGAUUAAACACAAGCCUUGUUUUUGCUAGCAUUACCUUUGUUGUUGUAUUUGGUGUGCUUGUCUUUGUUGGUUGGAAAAGCGGUUGUUCUUCCGAUCUCAUAACUUGCAUCGAAUAUUAAUCUAUUUUGGGGGCUAGCGAGGGGAACAAAGGUAAAAAA